AUGCACCUGAGCGCGCUUGUUGGUCCAUUGUUUUUUCACUUGAGUGCCAACCCGAACAGUGCCUUCGUUGCGAGUCGCGUCGUCUUGGCCAGUCUCGACGUCUUCGUCUGCAGCGUGCUCCCACCGUACGAGAUGCCGGAUACCGACCGAGCCGCGCGCAUCCACGCCAACAUUGACUCGAUCGCCACGACGCUCCACGAGGUCCUCUCGCAGCUCGCGGACGGCCUCGACGCGCCGUCGUCACCCGCUUCUGCCAGCGUUCUCUGCGAAACUAUCAUGGCGCUCCCCGACGCGUCCAAGCGCAUGCCGUCGACGCUGCGUCGUAUCGUUACGGUCACUGCAUUGGUGCAAUGGUUACAAGACAGCGCUACGAUCUACUUCUCAUGA